AUGGAGGGGCUCUUCACAAGUAGUUGGCAAGUGCGCUUCCAGUACAUCGGUUGCCUAGCCAGCGUCCUUUCGGGUCUCUCGCUCUACCACAAAGACUUCGCUGUCGCUGUUGUCGACAAUGUCAUUGAAGACGUGCGUGUUGGAAUGGAGAAAAAUGAUCAAACAAUGAAUCAACGGCGGCUGAGCAUGGUGAAGUACCUUGGCUUGCUUUACAACUACAAACUUGUCGAAUCUCCGGUUAUAUUUACAACCCUCUAUUCGCUCAUCACCUUUGGUGUCAGCCUAGACUAUCUCAGUCCAAGUCUAAUCGAUCCACCCACUUCUCUGGCGCGAAUUCCCCUAGUUUGUACUCUAUUGGAGACCUGUGGGUCUUACUUCGACCGAGGCAGUCGGCGGAAGAAACUCAAUAUUUUUGUUGUCUACUUCCAG